GUGCACGUCUUUUCUCCUCCAGACUCUUCUUCUCCACUCUCCUUGGCUGCCUAAUGGAAUAUUCUCAGCAUCUAUCUAUGCCUGGAUUGAAAUCACUUUGACUGGUCUUCUUAUGUUUAUUUCUCAGCCUAGCUUAUGAUCCUGUCUCUGUUUCUAGAGCCACACUGAUCGAUCUCGGGGAUCCAGUGGGUUCUGUCGGCAAAUCCAUGCCGUUGUCGAUUCAACAGUUUCAUUCCUUCAUCUUUGAACAAUCUGACUUCACGGCGGAUAUAUAAUGCUUAAUUGCUUCACUAGAUCCCCAUGUCAAUACUCUGUUGUGUUCCCGUAAUCGAAUGUGUAUACUGCCUGGGCUGCUCCCACUGGCUGUGGAAGAAAUGCAUGUACUCAGCAGGCCACGAGAGCGAGAGUUGGGGUUUAGCCACUUCCGACGAGUUCGACCCCAUCCCUAGGCUCUGCCGCUUCAUCUUAGCCGUCUACGAGGAGGAUCUCCACAACCCCAUGUGGGCACCUCCCGGUGGCUACGGCCUUGACCCGCAUCACGUCAUCCUCAAGAAAGACUACGACCAGACCCAAGGUCGUGUCACACCUUACAUGAUCUACUUGGAUCACGACAACGACGCUGUUGUCUUGGCCGUCAGAGGGCUUAACUUGGCUAAGGAGAGUGAUUACGCCCUUCUGCUUGAUAACAAACUUGGGCAGACCAAGUUUGAUGGAGGUUAUGUACACAACGGGUUGUUAAAGGCGGCCAUGUGGGUCUUUGAGGAGGAGCAUGAGGUUUUGAAUAGAUUACUCGAGGAGAACCCGAGUUAUUCUUUGACCUUUGUUGGGCAUUCUCUAGGUGCGGGGGUUGUUUCUUUGCUGGUCUUGUUUGUGCUUCAGAACCGGGGGAGGUUAGGGAACAUAGAGAGGAAGAGGAUAAGAUGCGUUGCUAUUGCUCCUCCAAGGUGUAUGUCUCUCCAUCUAGCAGUCACAUAUGCUGAUGUCAUCAACUCUGUUGUUCUACAGGAUGAUUUCUUACCUCGGACUACCACAGCUCUGGAGGAUGUCUUCAAGUCAAUCAUCUGCUUGCCAUGCCUGUUGUGUCUCACAUGUGUGAAAGAUACAUUCACAUUCGAGGAGAAGAAGCUUAAGGAUGCUAGGCGUCUAUAUGCCCCUGGUAGGUUAUACCACAUCGUUGUGCGCAAGCCCUUGAGAUUAGGAAGAUAUCCUCCCGUUGUGAGAACAGCUGUUCCAGUUGAUGGGAGGUUUGACCAAUUAGUUCUCUCAUGUAAUGCGACGGCUGAUCACGCCAUCAUCUGGAUUCAAAGGGAGUCACAGAGAGCUCUCGAUUUAAUGCUGGAAGAGGACCAAGUUAUGCAGAUUCCGGUGGAGCAGAAAAUUGUGCGGCAGAAAUCAGUUGUUGAGGAACAUGACGAAGAGUACAGAGCGGCUAUCAUGAAGGCGGCUUCUCUUAACAUCCCCAUGUCUCCAUCACCUUCAUAUGGAACAUUCCAUGAUACAGCAGAAGAAGGGGAAAGCUCUGCAGGAGGAUCAGUCAAUGAAGGAUCCCCAUCCAUGUGGUCUUUCAAGGGAAUGAAGAGAAAAUGGAAUCGGUUCGUAGAUCGUCAUUUUCCUAUGGAUGAUGAUGACAGUGGAGAUAUGAUAUUGAAGAAAAAUGAAUCUCAAGCUUUGUUGUGUAGGUAAGAAACACGAAAUCUUGUUUUAUAGGUGUACAUGUAGAAUGUAGAAUAUAGAAUCUGAGAAGCAAAGAAAGUUGUUAGAUGAAAGUUCAUUGUUGAGAGAUUGAGAAUUUUGGAUAUCUGAUGUGAAAAUGUUGCAGCAUCUUCUGUGCAGUCAGUAGCAUGUUCUGUUGCCUUGUAGUAUUGAGUGUAUAAACUAUUCAUUUUACAAGCUCA